CUGUCGUCUGAAGUUUUGACAACUUGUCGUCCGAGCUUGCUACAUGCCCGUAGGAUUACGUAGUAGAGUACCUAGGUGAAGACUGUGGUUGGACUCGGGAUGCUGCAGCUGUCAAAUCGUCUAUACUCUAGUACUUCCACCAAUAGUAAUAGAAGGGAGCGAACAACAUCGACCUACCUCAUAUGGAAUAAACGCCAGGCUCGCGCCAAAACUAGACGUGCGCUAUCACUACAACUCAAGAGGCGGCUUGUCUCAGUCAUCCACUGAACCUAGGACUAGGUAGUGAGUGUCAUUAUUCAAAGUGCAGAUGAUGGGAUUCAAGAUCCUCGCUCUUCUGGCGGCCAUGGCCGUGGCACGCCAUCCGCCAGCACGAGUGCAAUCAGACACGAGCGGCAUAGCCACUCAGGACUUCAUCCAGAAGGUCAACCACACAAUUGACGCGAGCUCCACAACAUUCAGACAGCGGUAUCAGCUCAUAACGCAACACUUCGAGCCCGGCGGACCGAUCCUUUUCGUACAGAGCGCCGAGUCCGGGAUGUCGUCUAUUAACUCGAGCGACUUUAUAGACUACGCACCGAAGCUCGGUGCCCUCGUUGCGAUGCUCGAACACCGCUUCUUUGGCGAUUUCCGCCACGGCAGCUACCCGCUUCAUUACAACCCAUUGAACGUCUCGAACGAGACGUUUGACUCGCUGACUUUGGAUAACGUCCUUCAAGAUGGAGUUAAUUUUGUCAAUUGGAUAAAAAAGACGGUCUUGGGUGCUGCGAAUAGUAAAGUGAUCUAUGGCGGUUCUUCGUACGGUGGAUUCCUUGCUGUAUCGGCACGGAUUCGCUAUCCAGAUACGUUUUACGGUGCGAUUGCCUCCUCGCCCGCCUUGAAUUCGUUUGGCCCCCUCAGCUCGAAUCAGGCCAAGUUCGAUUCUGCGAAGUGGGCGAGCCAAGUUUAUAACAACGCUUCGAAAGACGCAUCCUCCAAAAUAAAAACGUCCAUGUUAACGUUUAAGAAGUGUCUUGCAGACGAUACCUGCGAGGCGACUAUCCCUGAUCUCAACAUAUGCAAGAACUCCACGUCGCUAGGCUACGAGGGACUGUACAAGGCGGUGCUCCAUACUUACCUAGCCAUCUCCAAGUUCAACUACCCAUGGAUCGAAAAAUACCCAACGGCAAACCCGUUCUCGGAAUUAAUCAAGAACACCCUCGAAGCCAAGACCGCAGGCGAAAUCCUCCGCCUCCCGCUCCUAGCAGCCUCAUGGACGACCAACACAUCCGCCUGCAUCGACAGCUUCAACGGCAACAUCUCCAAAGCCAGCCAGGGCAACACAAUGAGCAGCGAACCGGCCUGGAGCGCCGUCACAUGCAAGUACUACCCGAUCAACGACCGGUCGAUCCCCGCGGACAACAUGCUGCCCGAGGCCUUCGCCCGGGGCGAGGUGGACAUAUGCACGAACCCGGCGUGGCAGGGCGUCGACUACCGGCGCGAGAACGAGUACUUCCUGCAGAAAUACGCCAUGACGAACGACAUUCUCGAUUCGACAGAGCGGCUGCUUAUUGUGCAGGGGCGCUACGAUGGCACGGCUGCGAUUGGCUCGCCGGCGCUGACGGUUACGGAUUUGUAUAAUCACUCGAGGGUUAUACUUGUGGAUGGCACGGCGCAUGCUGAGGAUGCGGUGUCGGAGGCGGUGGAGCCGCGCGGGACGAAGCCGCAGAUGGACCAGAUCCGGGAGAUUAAGCUUGCGCAUCUUAAGGAGUGGCUUGGCAGGGGUAAUCAGACGGAUUCCGGAUCUGCGACAUUGGCCUCGGCGAGUGGUACGACACUGUUUUCUGUCUUAUUGCUGUUGUUUGUUUUUGGGGGAUUAUUAUGAGUUGGGCGUAAGCUGGGUGGGUUAGGAGUCAGUUGUGAAAAGUCUGGGAAAUGUGAUGAUGUAGCGGUAAAAUACAUAUAAUUUAUAAUCUUUAUCUUAAGUUAGACUUG